UCUGGUCGCGCGUGCUGCUGCUGCUGCGCCUCGCGCCCCGGACCCGCACCCGCACCGGAGACGGCGCCUGCGCGUUCCUGGCCGGAGCCCCUGCGCGGUUCCACGGUACCCGGGCGAACCCGGAGUUGCCCGGGAUGAUGGACUACCAGGUAGGAAACUACUAUCAGGAUGCCGUGUGCACGCUGAACACGCUGCAGACGAACGCUAGCGCGCUGGAGCAGGUCCGGCGGGGGCGGAGCCUCCCGGCGCAGCAGCUGGACGCCAUGACGGGCUUCCUGGAGCGGGCCGGCCUAUCGGUGGAGGCGUUGGAUCACCUGAACAUCAUCCACGUGACUGGGACCAAGGGCAAGGGCUCCACCUGCGCCUUCACCGAGCAGAUCCUGAGGAGUUACGGCUUCCGGACGGGAUUUUACAGCUCCCCACACCUGGUCCAGGUCCGCGAGCGGAUCCGGAUCAACGGGCGGCCCAUCGGGAAGGAGCUCUUCACCAAAUACUUCUGGCAGGUGUACGGACGGCUGGACGACACCAAGGAGGCCCACGGGGGCGCGAUGCCGGCGUACUUCCGCUUCCUCACCAUCCUGGCCUUCCACGUCUUCCUGCAGGAGAAGGUGGACUUAGCCGUGAUUGAAGUGGGAAUCGGAGGAGCGUACGACUGCACCAACAUCCUACGGCGACCGUGGGUGUGCGGCGUCUCCUCCCUCGGCAUCGACCACACCCAGAUCUUGGGCGACACCCUGGAGCAGAUCGCCUGGCAGAAGGGCGGGAUCUUCAAGCCCGGCGUCCCCGCCUUCACCGUGUCCCAGCCGGACCCGGCCCUGGCCGUGCUGAGGGAGCGAGCCCUGGAGCGGCGCUGCCCCCUGUGGGUGUGUCCGGCGCUGGAGGACUACCCGGGCCCCGCCCACCCCGGGCCUGGCCCCGCCCCCGGCCACGCCCCCCUGCGCCUCGGCCUGGCCGGCGGCCACCAGCGGCUCAACGCCUCGCUAGCGCUGCAGCUGAGCUCGGCCUGGCUGCGGCGGCGCUGCGCGGCAGACGGAGGCGUGACCGCCGGGCCGGUGGAGGGCGACGCCCCGUUGCCGCGGGCCGCCGCCUUCAAGCCCAGCAGCAUCAUGGUGAAGGGCCUGGCAGACACGGAGUGGCCCGGCCGGAGCCAGACGCUAGCGCGUGGCACGCUCACCUACUUCCUGGACGGCGCCCACACCCUCCGCAGCAUGCAGGCCUGCGUUCGCUGGUUCCGGGAGGCGUCGGCGCAGCGCGACCGGAGAGCCAGGGUACCAGGGGUCCGGGUUCUGCUGUUCAACACCUCGGGGGAGCGGGACUCUGACGCCAUGCUGAAGCUGCUGGUGCCGUGUGGGUUUGACUUCGCCGUGUUCUGUCCCAACAUCACGGAGGCCUCGGCCAAUGGGAACGCAGACCAGCAGAACUACAACGUCUCCGUGGAGAACAUGCUGAACCGUUGCCUUGACAACCAGCGGAGCUGGCGCCUCCACGCCGGCCCCGCCCCCAACCCCUCCCUGCCCCGCCCCCUCCGCGCCGGCCCCGCCCCCGACUCCACCCGGGUCUUCCCCUGCAUCCUCUCCGCCCUCCGCUGGGUGGCCCAGGGCCGCGACCCGGUCCUGGGGGGCCCUCCCGGGGGCCGGGCCCCCCCCAGCCUCGGGGGGCCGGCGGCCCCCGUCCACGUCCUGGUCACCGGCAGCCUCCACCUGGUCGGGGGGGCCCUGAAGCACCUGGACCCGGCGGCCUCCAGGUAGCCGGUCACC